AUGCCUUCGUCAAAGUCGUUUUACGUUGACUCCCUGCUGACCAAGUCAUCGAAACAGUCCAGGGAUCGUUCGAAAUCCCGAAGUUCAGCCGCCGCGGCCGCAGUUUCCAGCUGGCUGACGCCCAUGCUGCCGCCAUCCGCAGUCUUGGCGCACCACCAUCAGCAGCACAUGUUCUGCCGGAGGCCCAUGUCACUCGCUGGUUCGUCGCCACCGCUGAUGCCGCCUCCCACUCCGUCGUGGUUCCCGUGUUGUGCGCUGUGCGUGCGCGGGUCCCAGGCCAGUUCGCUUGCAGGAGGCGCCGCGUUGCUCUUGUCUGGUUCACCCUUGCAGAAAGAAGCCAUAGAAUACCAGGCGAGCGUCUUCCAGCAGCAACAUCGUCACCAUGGCUUCGAGCACUACACGUCUGCCGCUGUCGCUGUGGCAGCGGCGACGGUUGCCGGAGAUACCGCCGAAGAAAGACACAAGUCGGCGCGGCCGAGCUGCGGUGGUUCAACCUCACCGGUGCUUGGAGUGACAGGCGGACAUGUCAAAACGGAGAAAGGUUCGUCUCCGAACGGCGUCAGCAGCGGCUCCUCGGCUGCGGGCGAUGACAACUCCAGCGGCGUCGGCAAGCGGGUUCGCACGGCAUUCACGAGUACCCAGCUGCUGGAACUGGAGCGCGAGUUCACCUCCAACAUGUACCUGUCGCGACUGCGGCGCAUCGAGAUCGCCACCUACCUGAAGCUGUCCGAGAAGCAGGUCAAGAUCUGGUUCCAGAACAGGCGCGUCAAGUACAAGAAGGAGAGCAGCCACGGACGCCGGCAGCUGCCGCCCAAUCACCAGUGCCGGUGCAGUGCCGCGCUGCGCUUUGCCAGGGGACGGGACGUGUCGCCUUCGACCAAGUGCGAGGCCGCGGCGAAGGACACCGUGUCGUCGACACCGCCGGGAGACAGCGACGAUGACGGUGAACUGAACGUGUGCAGCUCGUCGCAGGACUCGGCCGACGCUUGUGCACACGCGAUGAACACGGACUGCGAGGAGAGCGACGGUUGA